AUGUUAAGAUUUUUAAAGGUACCUUUUAUUUUUAAGGUUUCACAUAUAGAGGUUGUACAUAUAAAUAUAAUAUAUAUAAGAAAAGAACCCUUUUUUUUAAAAAAGAAUAUAAGAAUUUGUAGUUACAGCAAAGGAAAUAUAGAUAUUAUAAGAUAUUAUUUGUCAGGAUAUAAUUAUAAAAAUAAUUAUUGUUUUGAUAUUAUUAAGAAUAGAAUAUAUCGAUUUAGAAUUGAUAAGAUGGUAACAUUAACAUUUACAGGUAUAAGUGAUAAUCCGAAUAUAGUAGAGGAAGAAGAAAAGAUAUUAAAAUAUUGGAAUGAUAUAGAUGCAUUUAACUUAUCGAAUGAGUUAUCUAAAAAUAAGAAACCAUAUAUAUUUUAUGAUGGACCUCCGUUUGCAACUGGAUUACCACAUUAUGGUCAUUUAUUAGCUGGAAUAAUAAAAGAUUGUGUAACAAGAUAUUUUUAUCAAUCCGAUUUUUAUGUUGAGAGAAGGUUUGGUUGGGAUUGUCAUGGAUUACCUAUAGAAUAUGAAAUAGAGAAAGAAAAUAAUAUUAAUAAAAGAGAAGAUAUAUUAAAAAUGGGUAUUGAUGUUUAUAAUGAAAAAUGUAGAAGUAUUGUUUUAAAAUAUUCUAAAGAAUGGGUUACAACAGUUCAACGUAUUGGUAGAUGGAUUGAUUUUAAAAAUGAUUAUAAAACUAUGGAUAAAAGUUUUAUGGAAAGUGUUUGGUGGGUUUUUAGUGAAUUAUAUAAAAAUAAUUAUAUUUAUAAAUCUUUUAAAGUUAUGCCUUAUUCAUGUAAAUGUAAUACACCUAUAUCUAAUUUUGAAUUAAAUUUAAAUUAUAAAGAUACUCCAGAUCCUAGUAUUAUAGUCAGUUUUAUUAUAUUAUCUUCAUAUUUUCCUAAUUUUAAGAAUGUAUAUAAUGUAUCUGAAGAUUUUCAAUCGGUUGUUGAGAAAUAUUCUGUUUUAUAUGAUCCAUAUUUAAAAAAUCAAAAAUGUAACACAUUAAAUGAAAAGCGUGCUCAUGAAAAUGAUCCAAAUAAUAAUGAUAUCAAUCUGUGUAGUAAUAAUAUGAAUGAACCUUUAAAUUAUUAUGAUAUGUAUAAUGUAGAAUAUUUUGAAGUGCUUGCAUGGACUACCACACCUUGGACCUUGCCAUCGAAUCUAGCGCUUUGUGUUAAUGAAAAUUUUAUAUAUUUAAAUGUAUUUCAUUUAGAUAGCCAAAGAAUGUUUAUUUUUGCUGAGUGUCGAUUAGAAUGGAUCAUUAAAGAAUUAAAAUGGGAUGUAGAAAAAAUCAAAAUUGUUAAUCGUUUUUUAGGUGGUGAAUUAAGAGAAGUAAAAUAUAAACCUUUAUUUAAUAAUUUUUAUGAAAAACAUAAUUUUAAAGAAAGGGCAUAUAAAAUAUUAAGUGAUGACUUUGUAAGUGAUGAUGCUGGUACUGGUAUUGUGCAUUGUGCUCCGUCUUAUGGUGAAGACGAUUAUCGUGUAUGUUGUAAAUAUGGUGUAAUCGAUCCUGAGAGUAAUAUAUUAAUUGAUCCAUUAGAUUGGAAUGGAUAUUUUACAGAUGAGGUAGAGGAAUUAAAAUGUAUGUAUAUAAAAGAUGCUGAUAAUGUAAUAAAGAAAAUAUUAAAAGAAAAAAAUAGAUUAAUGAGUAAUAACACAAUUGUGCAUUCAUAUCCAUUUUGUUGGAGAAGUGAUACACCUUUAAUAUAUAGAGCAAUUCCUGCUUGGUUUGUUCGUGUAAGUAAUUCAACAAAUAAAUUAGUUACUAACAAUGAAACUACUUAUUGGAUUCCAUCACAUGUAAAAGAAAAAAAAUUUCAUAAUUGGAUUAAAGAUGCUAAAGAUUGGUGUAUUAGUAGAAAUAGAUAUUGGGGUACACCUAUACCUAUAUGGUGUGAUGAUAAAAUGGAAACUAUUAUAUGUAUAGAGAGUAUAAAACAUUUAGAAGAAUUAUCUGGUGUAAAAAAUAUUAAUGAUUUACAUAGACAUCAUAUUGAUAAAAUUGAAAUAAAAAACCCUAAAGGUGAUAAAUAUCCAAAUUUAAAAAGAAUACCUGAAGUUUUUGAUUGUUGGUUUGAAAGUGGUUCUAUGCCAUACGCUAAAGUACAUUAUCCAUUUUCUAAAGAAAAAAAUGAUUUCAAUCAAAUCUUCCCUGCUGAUUUUAUUGCUGAAGGAUUAGAUCAAACAAGAGGAUGGUUUUACACUUUAUUAGUUAUUAGUACAUUACUUUUUAAUAAAGCCCCUUUUAAGAAUUUGAUAUGUAAUGGUUUAGUUCUAGCAUCUGAUGGAAAAAAAAUGAGUAAACGUUUAAAAAAUUACCCUGAUCCAUUAUAUAUAUUAAAUAAAUAUGGUGCUGAUAGUUUACGUUUAUAUUUAAUAACAUCUGUUGCUGUACGUGCUGAAAAUUUAAAAUUUCAAGAAAAAGGUGUCAAUGAAAUUGUGAAGAGUUUUAUAUUACCUUAUUAUCAUAGUUUUAGAUUUUUUUCACAAGAGGUUACAAGAUAUGAAACUACACAUAAUGAACAAUUUUUAUUUAAUACAGAUUAUAUAUAUAAAAAUGAUAAUAUCAUGGAUCAAUGGAUUUUUUCUUCUUUACAAAGUUUAAUAAACUCAGUACAUACAGAAAUGAAAGCAUAUAAAUUAUAUAAUGUACUUCCUAAAUUAUUAAAUUUUAUAGAAAAUCUAACCAAUUGGUAUAUUAGAUUAAAUAGAGAUCGUAUGAGAGGUAUGCUAGGAAAAGAAAAUACACAUCAAGCAUUAAAUGUAUUAUGUAGAACCUUAUAUUUAUUUACAAUUAUAAUGGCUCCUUUCACACCUUUUAUAUCUGAAUAUAUUUAUCAGUUUUUAAAAAAUAUCAAAUAUAUACAACAUAAUGAAAAUAAUAAAACAGAUCAAGAUAAUAUACAAAAUAAAAGUGUACAUUUUAUAAUGCUACCACAAGUAGAUGAUAAAUAUAAAAUCAAAUAUGAAUUUAUUGAACUUAUAGAAUAUAUGAAAGAUGUUAUUUUAUUAGGUAGAAAUCUAAGAGAGAAAAGAAAAACACCAAAUAAAAAACCAUUAAAAUUAUUAACACUAUUACAUAAAAAUGAAUCCUUUUUUCAUAAUUUCGAUCAUAUAUCUAAUUAUAUAAAAGAAGAAUUAAAUGUUCUUAAUAUAGAAUAUUCCAAUGAUAUCUCAUGUUUAAAUUUUUCAGCUAUACCAAAUUUUAAAAAAUUAGGAGCAAAAUUAGGAGCAAAUAUUAAAAAUAUACAAAAUAAAAUAAAAAAUAUGACUCCAGAAGAUAUCAAAUUAUUUCAACAAAAUAAACAAAUCAUAAUAGAUAAUAUUUUAUUAGAACAUGAUGAUAUUAUUAUACAAAUGAAUCAUAACACACAAAAUGAUAAUACAGAAGCUAUUAGUAAUAAUUAUAUAACUAUAUUAAUGGAUUUUACAGCUGAUCAACAAUUAGAAAAUAUGGCUAGUGCAAGAGAAAUAUGUAAUCAUAUACAAAAAAUAAGAAAAAAUUUAUCAUUAAAUCAAAACUCACCAAUACUUAUGCAUAUAUAUAUAUAUGAUCAAGUAUUUAAAAAUCAUAUGCUCAAAGAAAAUGAAUAUAUUAAAAAAUGCUUAAGAAGAAAUCUAAGUAUACUUAAUGAUCAAAAGGAUGUAGAAGAAUUGCCUAACAAAUUCUUCCAAGAAAAAAUUACUGUAAAUGACAAGGAUGUCCUCGUCAUAUUUACCAACAAAUGA